CGAAAACUUUUUUUUGAUUCCUUUCAUCUUUCCCCCUCUCUCGUCUUCUUUUCUCCCCUUUCAGAUUUAUUCCACCUGUCAAAAGAUAAUUCUUCUAACGGAUAGAUUGACAAUACUAGCACCUUGAUCUUCACACAGACACACUUAUCCAUUCAACUCACCUUUGUCUCUAUCCUCACCUGAACUCGGAGAAAACAAUAACUUCGACAUGCGCUCCUUUAUCAUAACUGUAUCACUAGUGGCUAUGGCCACCCUCACUCUAUUAGCCCCCACCACCAAUGCACAAGAGGACUACGUCCCCGCACAAUCAAAAUCCGGGGCUCCUGGAGGAUUCGUUGAUGCACUUGAUUCUCUCAGAACGCUUGCUGUGGGCCCAUAUCCCUCCCUCGCCACUUUAAACAUCUCGCCUAAUAUCAGCUCCAAUGGUUUAGACAAGCGUGGAUAUUACUGUGAUCCCGGUUAUGGCCUGUGCAGUAAUGAAAAAUCCUGUUGUAAAGAUAAUGUUGAACUUUGCGCUCCUUCUGGUGGAUGCUGCCCCAAGAACCUCAAGUGGGAGUGCGGCGGAAAAUACUGUUGCCCUUUCGACUCUUGCUUAGCGAAUGGUCACUGCGGUUGCAAUGAUAAUUUGUAUAGAUGCAUAAAUAGUUGCUGCAAAUAUGGAUGCAAAGAUGGUGGGGAGUGCAUGUGCAACCCCAACUUCCCUGUUGAUUGUGGCGGCGGCUCAUGUUGUCCUGCUGGUUAUGCCUGCAUUGGUGGCGGUAUGUGCAUGAGAGAAAGUCGCACGGCUUCUGGAUCAGUAUCAAGCGCUGCCCCCACGUCGACUGGUAACAGCGGAGGUGGGCCAGCUCCAGGCAGUACAAAGACUCCUAAUAGUGAUGGACAGAAUUCUGCAGGAACUGCUUUAUCUAUGCACGUCUCUGCAAUUAUUUUCGCAGCCUGUGCAAUUGCUGCUGUAUCCUUUGCAUUUUAAUUGACGCGCUACUCUCUCUUCCGCAAAGUACUUCG